GCCAUUUAUCGCCGCCGGAGCAGCCGAUCGAAGCCCGAGCUCUUGUCUUUUCGUUUUUUUUUUCGUCGUGGUGUCGCCGCGUCGCGCUGGAAAAAGAAAAAGGUGCAGACGAUUCACCUCUUUUUUGUGCGAAUUUAUGCAUAUUUUUCUCGUCGCCGUCGUUAUCUGACGACACUCGAAGGGAGAAAAAUUGCUUGUCCGACGAAAAAUCAGUGCAUCAAAAGUGAGAAAUGCAAAGUGAAUCUGCGGUGGUUCUGCGUCUGCCUGCGAUCGUAAGUGUGUAGCAUUUUUUUUUGCCGGAAGUAAGCUGGGCAGCAGCAAGCUUGUUUCCGGGACUUCUCCGGUGCAGUGCAGAGUCAUCUCGAAGCUCGUCGAUAAGUGCGAUCGAAGAAAGCACACGGGAUUACAGCUUUCCAAAAGCAGCUUAAUUUUGAGUUGUUCGGCGUUACUAGUGUGCUGAUGAUUUCGUUGAUUGAGAAAAGUUUUCUCUAGUGAACGCUGUAUAGCGCUGUGAUAUGCUCAUGCUGAAACGUCAGAUGAACGAGAGCAAAGAUUGCCGUACUUCUAUCCAAUAAUCCUUGGUUUGUGAUUCCCUUUGAAUGUUAAUUUAUGAAACUGUGUACGGAGACAAGUAACCGCGCAAGUGAAAAUUGUGAAAACAAUCCCGUGGCAGCUUGUGGCCCCGUUCCCGCCGAUUAUCAGCAAGUUCGAAAAGCGAGUACCGGAAUGACACUAGUGACAGCUCAGCCGCCGUUGACAAGCCUGUUCAAGCAGCACAGUUGCGUUCGAACAAAAAUGGGCAGUGUCACUUCGACAGAAAAUGGCGUCUGCCAACUUUUUGGAGGAAGCUCUUAAAUCAGAUGUCGAUGAAUCCGCGGUGAGUGCGAUCGUUGGAACGCUGGAAAAUCAGUUGGAUCAAUCGAGUACGAAUCAGGUGCAACAAGUCGGUAAAAAUUUCGAGUGCGGAAAUGGUGGAACAAGUCUAAAUAGUGCAAUUGUGUCAAAUGGAGGAGCGACCCCCAUUUAUAGUUCAGUGCAACAGCAGCAGCAGUCGAAGCACAGUAAUAACCACGGUGUUCCCAAUGGUGAAAUCGUGUCGAAUGUUAUGAACAGCAGCAGUAACAAUAAUAAUAACAACAACAAUAAUAACAGUAAAACUUUUAUCAUUGCCACUAGUGGCGGCCAGAACGUGAUCAGCAGUGCGGGAGGACCUACGACUGUAGUGGUCGGUAAGAACAUAACCGUUUCGGCCACCGGAGCCCCACCGUCGUCGACACCACCUGCCUUGAUUAGUACGGUACCGACCACUAGCUCUACCGGUUUGUCUGGGAUUAACAUCAUCAGCAAUCAGAUAGUGGUUUCCGCCGGAGGACAACAUCCGCCACCGUUUAGCGUUACGAAUAACAACAAUAAUAAUCCGCAGCAUCAGUCGAACAUGCCAAAGAAUGAACCAGUGAAGUUGGUUUAUCCUGCUCCUGGCGGUGGCACCGGUACGCAUACGGCCGGAACUCAGGCGGUAAUCAACAUGAACAACAAUCGCGUUACUCUGACCUCGACGGCACUGCCGAACGGGACCAUUUCUCUGUCGCAGGCCCCGCAACUCAUACAGACGAGUGGGGCAGGAGGAAAAACGACUAUCCAAGCAACGGGCCAGCCGGGAAAUCCCGGCCAGCCGCAGCAGCAGACGCUGAUCAUCAAAAACCAGCAAACCGGAGCGGUGAUUAACUCCGGGGCGCCCGGAAUCGUUACAAUGUCCAAACCGAUCAACAAUCAGGCAACACAGAAUAUUGUCGGUUUACCGGCUGGUGUACAGAUUGUAAAUGUUAGACCCGGCGCACCGCCCACGCAAGCACAGCAAAAAACUGUUGCCGCUGUAUCACCUAGAGUUGUUAUUGGUAGUCAGCAAAUAGUUAGUACUAGACCACCAAGCGCAAACGCUAUUACCCUAAGUGCCCUUCAAGGACAGCCGGGCUCGACGCUGCUAUUGAAAAAUGAGCAGGGCCAGUUCCAGCUGCUGCGGAUCGGACCGGCCCCGUCCGGAACGCAUAUCACGCCCGCCAAUCUGACCGCGACGUCGGCGACGAAUCAGACGAUACGGUUGCAAACCGUGCCAGCUGUAAGUAGGUUUACCGGUCCUCCAUUAGCCCUCCGCAAGACCAUUGUCACCACGCAACAGGUGAAACAGAAGCAAAAUCAACCAAUUUCCUCCGGUUCCGGCACGAUUAUCGUCAAUUCACAAUCGAUCACCACCACGCCAACCAGCUUCGUUAGUACACAGUCAACUCCGGUAGCCUCGGUUGCGCCCGUUCCAGCGCUGGCUGCUCAACAGCACAUUACCAUCUCUACAACACCAUCACAAGCACAAUCACAUGUCACGGGUCAAACGACGGUAAUGACCACCCAGCAACAGCAGCAGCAAGUGGUAGUAACUUCCCAACAGCAACCGCAAGCUCCGCAGACUGUAGUCGUAACGACCACGACCGGUGCCCAAACCGCCCAGCAACGAAACUCGCUGGACAAUACCAAAGAAAAAUGCAGGAAAUUUCUAACUAAUCUCAUCGAACUCUCGAAGCGAGAACCGAAACCGGUAGAGAAGAACGUGCGGACUCUGAUCCAAGAGUUGGUGGAUGCCAAUGUCGAGCCGGAACAAUUUUGCGAACGACUAGAACGGCUGCUCAAUGCAAGUCCGCAACCAUGUCUUAUAGGGUUUCUAAAGAAAAGUCUACCACUGCUGAGGCAAUCGCUCGUUACCAAGGAGAUCACGAUAGAGGGCAUAAACCCUCCAACGGCAAAUGUAGCCUUCUCGGGAUCGCCGUUAACGCAGAUCCCCGCCCAAAUUCGUCCCGUCACGCAAACCAUCGUCACCCAGGGCAGUAUGGUCGGUCAGACGCAAAUUCGAAUGCUCACGACGCAGUCCGGUGCGGCGACGGUCCCCCGAAUAGGGCAAACAACGAUACGGCCGGCCACGCCGGUGCGAAUACAAACACCCAUUCAGCAACAGCAAACGACCAUCACCGCUGGACCACGACAAAUUACGACCCAACAGAUACGACCAAACGCGACUGCCACCGUAGGACACACGACGAUUGUGCAAACAAGCCAACAGCUGCCUCAGACGAUCUCAACGACGCCCCCAGCACUGUUACCGAUUCGCGCCCCGGCCGGUACGGCGAUUACGCGUACGCCAGCGACCCUGCAAAUUCGUGCCACAACGCCGGUAGUGUCGCGCGCUACCGUUUCUGUCGCUGCUACCAACAGUAUCGUCAGUGGCAACACGACGGUGACCACUAAGACGAUCCGCGGCCAAACACCGGCCGUAGUCACAGUGGCGGCUGCUGCGGCUUCCGGUUCGGCUGCAACCCAGGUUAAGCAAGUGACAGCAAUUAAUAACAGCAAUGUGGUCGUCGCAGCAACGUCUGUUGUGGCCACACCAACAACAAACUCCGGCACCCCCGGACUAGUUGUGACCGGAACACAACCGUUGCCCGCACUGGCACUUAGCUCUUCCGCGGCCGCAGCCGUGGCCACCCUAAACAAUGCUAGUAAUAGUAGUAACUCUACAAGUAUAAUCAGCACAAGCCUUCAUCCGGCAACAACAGUGGUGGUCAGUUCGGUAUCCAACAGUAGUAGUGGCACGAUCAUUAGCACCACUCCAACCGCAGCUACGUUAGUGCCCAGUUCAAAAGCUAGUUCGGGAGUCAAAGCUAGUUCUUCUGGUGGUUCAAAAAAGAAAGCCAGUGCUGCCUCUGCCGCUAGUGCUAGUACCGAUUCCACUGAUCCGACCACCGCGGCGAAAAAAGCGGCUGCUUCAAUGCAAUCUUCUUUUUAUCAGCAUCACGUGUCUUCCUCCAUGUACGGGGACGAUGACAUCAACGACGUCGCGGCAAUGGGUGGCGUCAAUUUGGCCGAGGAAACCCAACGCAUUCUCGGCUCGACAGAGUUCGUGGGGACCCAGAUCCGGUCUUGCAAGGAUGAGGUAUUUCUGCACAUGCCCGCGCUGCAGGCGAAAAUCCGAAGUAUUAUCGCACGAUACGGACUGGAGGAGCCGAGCAGUGAGGUUGCCGUUCUAAUAUCACACGCCUGCCAAGAACGACUGAAAAACGUUGUUGAAAAACUAGCGGUAAUUGCGGAACAUCGAAUUGAUAUAAUUAAGGUUGAUCCUCGCUACGAAGUGACAAAGGACGUUCGGGGGCAGAUCAAAUUUCUGGAGGAACUUGACAAGGCAGAGCAAAAGCGACACGAGGAACAGGAAAGAGAAAUGCUCAUGCGGGCGGCUAAAUCCCGAUCGAAAACUGAGGACCCCGAGCAAGCGAAACUAAAAGCUAAGGCAAAAGAAAUGCAACGAGCAGAAAUGGAAGAGCUUCGGCAGCGGGAUGCUAAUCUGACGGCUUUGCAAGCAAUUGGACCACGCAAGAAACCUAAGCUCGAAGAAGGAGCAACGACGGCUGUAACUCCUGGAACGUCCGGAAUCGGUGGCGUCGUAAGCGGGAAAGCAUCUACACCACUCAGGCCUCGUAUCAAGCGGGUGAAUCUGCGCGAUAUGCUGUUUUAUCUGGAGCAGGAGAAGGAAAGCUGCAGAAGUCAAAUGCUGUACAAGGCCUACCUUAAGUGAUCGAUUGUGGUGCGAACGGUGGUGAUAAUCGGGGUGGUCAUUCUGCACUGAGAAGCAAACGACGCUUCCGGACGUCCGGAAUGGCCCUGCGGGCAGAUGCUGCCGAUCGUCAGAUAGUCAGACAAUCGGCGCAGAUCCUGGAGGACGAAGGGUGUUUGGUUCCUUUCAUCGAUUGGGUUGUUUUAAAUCCAAACGCGGGAUGCUCCAGUUUGGCGACGGAACGGAACUAACCGGUCCAUAAAGCGUUUCAUCUUAAUGUCAGGUCUAGUUCAAAGAAAAUGAAAAACAAAGGGAUAGAUAUUGGUAUGCAAAAACGGACACGAGAAAAAAAUGGCAUAGACUGAGCCGCAGAAUGUUUAUGUUUGUGCGUGUUUGCCUUUAGGGAAUUUUGUAAAUAGUUAUUUUUUCAAUUCUGUGCGGAAGAGCAACUAAACAAUUGGUCGCCAGCAUUGUUUAUUUAUAAUUGAUAAGCCAAUACCAACAAAGGAGAGAUAAAAAAAAACGUCCGGUAGCGAAAAAUUUCUCGCACUGGAAAAUAAAUUUGGAUAGUAGGUACAACUCAUCUGAGAAAUUUAUGUACCGUAAGCCGGGGUGAGAUUGUGCCAUACAAACCCAUUGUUUGUUAGCCAUCCUAUGGCGACCACACGACACGGAAGUCUAGUCUUCUGACUCGAAAGAGAUGGCUAAAAAGUCGCGGGUUGAAUGGGUCAAUCUCACCCCGGCUGACGGUAUCAAUACGAAAAAAAAAAUUUUUUGCUGAAAUUCGUCGGAUAUGUUAUAGAGUAGAUUGACGAAGAGUCAAUGUGUAACAAGCUUUCUUUGUGAUUAUAUCACUAAAAACUGAUAAUACUAUCUAAUUGUUUCUGCAAAAAAAAAUGCAAAAUGCCCAUUAUUUAUGUUUAAAAAUCUUUUCAUUCAAAUCUAAUUUAAUGAAACGAAACUUUAAGGACAAAAUGAAAACAGAGAACGUUAAGGAAAGAUCAACAAUAGAGAUACCUUUUCUUAUAAAGAAUAAAUAAUGAUGCAAAACUCAGAAA